GUCCCUCUCCCACUCUCGGGGACUGUUUGGGCCGCUAUUGUUGUUGUAACGUGAUUGUCGCCUGUUUUUCCAAUUCUGCUGCCGUCUCUCACCUGUCCACAUCUCCGUUGUUGUCAUUGUUGUCAUUGUCGCUGCCACCCACUCAAUUCCCCCGCUCCCCGAUGCACCCACCACCCGGUUCGCAAUUCAAUCAAUUCAUUUUUUCUAACAACCUGGCCCGAUAACUGCUUGUUUAGUCGUGUUCCGAACUUCCGACGCAGCAAUCAGAAAGUUACUCCGCGCGAUCCCAGAUCUCGUGCUCGUGCUCGUGCUCCGGAUAAAGUGUCCAAAGCAAUAGUGUGGUCCAAUAGCAUCUCUUGUUGGCCGAUGGCAGUCAGUCAAAUAGCAGCGCAUAGUCUGGGCCACGUUAUUGAUUUUCUAACGAGCUGAAGAAACUAGCCCACAAUUCUUCGGAAUUUUUCGUUAGGCGGCGUCGGGCAUUCCAAGAGUCUGUCCGUCGGUUCUGCUGAAAGAAUUCUCCCGUCUUCUUUCAAUGCCCCUUACAGUGGAAACUGGUUAAGACAUUCGCCGACCGAACGCUUUUUAGACGCUCGAGAGUACUACAAACAGAUAGCGUUGCUGACAAUGAAAAUAGCCACUAGGUGCCGCGGAACUGGGCGAUCUCCCCGGCUUUAAUCCCGGAACCACUCGCUUCGCAAAGCUCCACCGCCGAUCUAAGCGCACGUACCAUGUGCGGAGAGGUAUUUGUGGCAGGCGAACUUUAGUAUUCAUGCUGCCACCUCGUUCGUGACCGAGCAGGUAGAACGAGCUCCCAACCUGCCCAGAAUCGAUUGGCGUGCAUCCCGAACGCAGAGUGGCGAGAGGGUCGGAAGGUAUCUACUCCCGCGCUAAUAAUAAGAAUUCGUCCCAUCGCCGUCGUUUUCUCUGUUUCACCAAAAUGAUAGUCAUCAAUGCCUCUGACACGGGCCUAACCCUCACACCCGAAAUGCUGUUAUCCACCUCGGAAUCAUCGACCCACAGUGCCUCCGAGGUCGCCGGACGACUACAGGUUGACGUGCGUACCGGCCUCAAAUGGACAGAGGCGAAGUAUCGAGCCAAGAUCAUAGGGCAUAACGAGCUGCUGCUCGUGGCGGAGGAUCCCACAUGGAAGAAGUACAUUGAGCAGUUCAAGAACCCGCUCAUUCUGCUGCUUCUCGGUUCUGCCCUGGUGUCCGUGAUAAUGAAGCAGUUUGACGACGCCGUGAGCAUAACCAUUGCCAUCCUAAUCGUGGUCACGGUGGCGUUUAUCCAGGAGUACCGCUCGGAGAAGAGUCUGGAGGAGCUAAAGAAGCUGGUGCCACCUGAAUGCCACUGCCUACGGGAAGGUCGUCUGGACACCUUCCUGGCACGCGAGCUGGUUCCCGGGGAUAUAGUCCACCUCAACGUAGGCGACCGGGUGCCCGCCGACGUGCGCCUUUUCGAAGCUGUGGACCUGUCCAUCGACGAGAGCAGUUUCACUGGCGAAACAGAGCCGGCGCGUAAAAUUACUGAUGUCCUGUUGAACAAUACGAACGUGAAGGACCACAGCAACAUGAAGAACAUCGCCUUCAUGGGCACUCUGGUGCGAUGUGGCAACGGCAAGGGCAUAGUUGUCAGCACUGGGGAGCGCAGUGAGUUCGGUGAGGUCUUCAAAAUGAUGCAGGCAGAGGAGGCUCCGAAGACGCCUCUGCAGAAGUCGAUGGACAUACUGGGCGCUCAGUUGAGCUUCUACUCCUUUCUAAUUAUCGGUGUCAUCAUGCUCCUGGGCUGGCUACAAGGCAAGCCGCUCUCGGAAAUGUUCAACAUCAGUGUCUCACUGGCCGUUGCGGCCAUCCCCGAGGGCCUUCCUAUCGUGGUAACUGUGACUCUAGCACUUGGCGUAAUGCGGAUGGCCAAACGAAAUUCCAUCGUUAAGAAGCUGCCUACUGUUGAGACUUUGGGCUGCGUGAACGUUAUCUGCUCUGACAAGACGGGCACUUUGACCAAGAACGAGAUGACGGCCACGAUCAUCAUCACUUCCGACGGAUACAUGGCGGACGUGACCGGUGCCGGUUACAAUGAUCAGGGUGAAAUCCACAUACGGCAUUGCAACAAUGUGGAUAUAGCCAAGACCAACAUUACGAACCUUCUGGAAAUCGGGGCGGUCUGCAACAACGCCUACAUUCAAAAUGGCACCCUACUAGGACAGCCCACUGAGGGAGCCCUUGUGGCGGUAGCCAUGAAGAACGGAAUGUAUGCCACAGCUGAGAACUACGUUCGCAUCCAGGAAUAUCCCUUCAGCUCGGAGCAGAAGAUGAUGGCUGUGAAGUGCAUCCACAAGUAUAACAACAACAAGGAAGAGAUUUUCUUCGCGAAGGGGGCUCUCGAGACCCUGUUGCCGCAGUGCACCAAGUAUCAGUUCGGCACCCAGACGGUGCCACUAACCAAGCAGAACGAGGCCGAGUUCCUAGCCGAGGCGUACGACAUCGGGCGCAAGGGCCUUCGCGUGUUGGCGCUGGCCAAGGGCCGGUCCAUGCAGGAUCUGAUCUACUGCGGCCUGGUCGGCAUCACUGAUCCACCGAGGCCCCUUGUGCGGGAGUCCAUUGAAAUGCUGAUGCAGAGCGGAGUGCGUGUGAAAAUGGUGACUGGAGAUGCCCAGGAAACGGCCUUGGCCAUUGCGAAUCUCAUCGGUAUCGAUACAAUCCACCACCAGACGCUUUCCGGUCAGGAAAUGGAUCAAAUGAACGAGCACCAACUGGACAAGGUAGCCAACAACGUGAGCGUCUUCUACCGCGUAUCGCCACGCCACAAACUGGAGAUAGUCAAGUCCUUGCAGCGCAGUGGCAACAUAGUCGGCAUGACUGGCGACGGAGUGAACGACGGGGUGGCUCUGAAGAAGGCGGACAUCGGCAUAGCCAUGGGCAAGAACGGGACGGAUGUGUGUAAAGAGGCGGCUGAUAUGAUUCUGGUCAAUGACGAUUUCCACACCAUAAUCGCCGCCAUCGAGGAGGGCAAGGGCAUCUUCUACAACAUUCGAAACUUCGUGCGCUUUCAGCUAAGCACAUCAAUCGCUGCCCUGGCCCUGAUUGCCCUGGCUACUCUGAUGGACAUUGCCAACCCGCUGAAUGCAAUGCAGAUUUUGUGGAUCAACAUCAUAAUGGACGGUCCGCCCGCACAGUCUCUGGGUGUGGAGCCCGUCGACCACGAUGUCCUCAAACAAAAGCCGCGGAACGUGAAACAGCCGAUGAUCACAAAGUCUGUGGUGGUGAACGUUCUGCUUAGUGCCAGCAUAAUUGUACUGGGCACGCUGUGGGUGUUCCAGCGCGAGAUGGCCGACGGGACGCUGGGAAAGACCAAACGGGACACAACAAUGACCUUCACUUGCUUCGUGUUUUUCGACAUGUUUAAUGCCCUGUCUUGCCGCUCGCAGACAAAAAGUGUAUUCACCAUCGGACUCACUACCAAUCGGAUGUUCUUGCUGGCCGUCGCCUUCUCGAUCAUUGGUCAAAUGCUGGUUGUCUACUUUCCGCCGCUGCAAAUGGUUUUCCAGACGGAAGCACUUACGCCUUAUGACAUAUUCUUCCUGGUCUCCCUAACCUCCUCCGUGCUGGUUGUUUCAGAGAUAAAAAAAUGGUUCGAGCGUACCAUGGAGCGCAAGAUGUACAGCACCCGCUCCGAGCUGGAUUUUGUAUGACAAAACGCAAGCGCUAGAGAAGAUUUGCACCCCAAAGCCGAGUAAAUUAAAUAACUAACAAAAAAAUCCAUAAAAAAAGUAAAACUAUGCCAAAACAAGCGAGGAGCGCGGCGAAGUAUAGUCAGAGAGCUGCAAAAGCCGAAACAAGAGCAAUGGAGCAAGGAUGUGUGUGUUUAAUUUUACAUUUGACUUGACCAGUUAAGAAACAUUUAAUUGUCAUUGUGGGUUUUCAACCAGAUUGCGCAGCAGGGAUUUUCAUAGAUUUAAACUAAGUUUCCAGGUUUGUUCUGAGGUCUCUGUAAUUUUUGCAUUGUUUUAUAAGUGGCAAAGAGUUUGGUUUAAUUUUGAUGUGUUUAUUAUGUAUGCAGCAGUACUAUUCUUUUUUGUGAUCCAUUUAUUCACACAUGCUCACGUAUUUAAAAGAAAGCAUGCAAUUAUUACAAUUAUACAUAUUACGCAUACAAUUUAUUUGUUCUCCAAUAGGCUGCAAAACAACUUUUUCUUUACCCUUUAAUUUCCAUUUUAUCUCCAAAUGCUUCUCUAGUUUCUAAUGCUCAACGCGCAAUUUGUGUCAAUACGAAGUGUUUAAUAAUCUAUAAAGGUCGGCAAAAACAGUUUAAUGUGAUAUUAUUUUAAGCACAUAAACCAGAUCAUCCCACUAGUGUGCAGAACGCAAAUUUUUAAUUUAUGUUUAUUUGCAUCUCAACUUGUGGAACCAAUUAUUUCAAUUUUGAAAAAUAAAACAUAAACUGUAAAGAAAUUGUAACAUUU